CCGCGGGUUUUGCGUAUUUUUUGCCUCGGUCUGGCAAUGGACCCUGAGACUUCGGGUGAUCCGAACUGGAACUUUUCAGGCGUUAAACUCAGUAUUACUAAUAUUGUGAUAUCGUCUGAAAAGCUCACCCCAACGCCAUCCCAGUCGGACAGUCUCGACUAUCAAGAUGAAAUAGACUUACGAAUACUGGGUUGUGAACUUAUUCAAGAUUCUGGAAUACUACUAAAGUUGCCUCAAGUUGCGAUGGCGACUGCUCAGGUUCUCUAUCAGAGAUUUUUCUAUUGUAGAUCAUUUGUAAGGCAUUUUUAUGAACAUUGUGCAAUGGCGUGCAUUUUUCUCGCGGCUAAAAUUGAAGAAUGUCCUAGGAGAAUUCGUGAUGUUAUUAAUGUUUUUCAUCAUAUGCGGCAAGCUCGCGAAAACAAGAUGUUUACCCCCGUUAUUCUUGAUAGGAGUUACCUCAAUCUCAGAGGCCAGGUUAUCAAGGCCGAGAGACGAGUACUGAAGGAACUUGGAUUUUGUGUCCAUGGGAAACAUCCUCACAAAGCUCUUGGUCAGGAAAAAAACCACGAAUUGGUUCAAAUGUCAUGGUAA